AUGUACUGCUCACGAGCCAGCCUCCGUGUGCUGCUAGUUGCGUUGGUCGCGCUCUGCAGUACAGGUGUGUUGAGCUACCAGCCCAACCAGCAGUACUAUGGUGCGGGUCGACGCAUUGCCAUGUCAUCGAUUCGAACGCUCACGCUGUACGCGGGGCGCAUGAGCGCCUACCGUCGAACGUCGGCGCUACCACAACUGACGUGUGUCGGCACUCUGUGCUCGCACUACCAACCGGACGUCGUGCAAUGCACGGCUAUGGGCGAUGAACAGUGGAAGUGCAGCGCAGAUUUGCCUGCGACCAUGCGCAUGGGGCGCGUACAGGUAAGCUGCGAGGGGUACGAUUAUGCGCAAGAUCCAUACGUGCUCAAGGACAGCUGCGUACUCGAGUACACGCUGUUGCCCAGCGGAAUCGGCCGUGAGGACGCCUGGCGUCGACACAGCGCGUCGACCGAAACGCUCGCCGAGGCGCUCUUCUACAUGGUCUUUCUCGCCAUCUUGGCGAUGAUCAUUGUCAGCUUCAUACGCGCCAUACGUGCCAACCACGGUAGCGCGAAUUCAAGCACCUCGCCCCGUAGCGGCCAUGGCGGCGGAUACGGCGGCGGCUGGUGGCCAGGCGGAUCCAACCCACCUCCUCCGCCAUACACACCCAAACCCGACCCCAACACUCCCUCCUGGCGCCCAGGCUUCUGGACAGGCCUCGGCCUCGGCGGUCUCGCCGCUGCCGCCGCCACAUCCUCAUCCCGUCCAAGACGGCCCAACGCUCCUCAAUCGAGCUUAUUCAACCCGGAUCCCCACGCUUACGGCGUGCGCUACGGCGCAGGACCCUCCAACUUGUCCGGACGCGGAAGAGGAUAUGACGACAGCGACCACUCGAGCUCCGGUUGGAGGGAAAGCACAGGUUUCGGAGGUACACGAAAUCGCUGA